GGACCAUGUUCUACCUAUUUUGUCCCGUGAAGCCAGAAUGGAGAAUUAAGGAUAUAAUGGUAAUUUAAGAAUAACAGAAUUGGAGAUCCCAAUCUUAACCGAACUGGCGGUAAAGUUGGCAAGGCAGAUGCGAGCUAAACGACACCGUUCAAAACACCCCCCACCCCACCCGCCAAAGUUCCCGGCCGUUUGGAAGAAACUAACGACACAUGUUUCCGAGCCUACAACCAGGGUUCCUUACCGAACAUACGGUUUCUGCUACAGUGGCGAACAACCAACCACUCUCCACUCUCUGCUUUUGUUUUUCCUUCCCUUUUCAUCUUUCUUUCUCUCGCUUUGCUCGCUUCCGUUCCCAAACACCAGCCUGUCUCUUUUCUUUUUUUUCUGCUUCUCGGUUUCAGUUUUCUCAGAAUCGUCUCAAACACUUUUUUCUUUUGUUUUAAUUUUGGGAAAUGGUUCAGUUUCCCGUACGUUUCAUUUGAUUUAUGACGUACGUUUGUUUAUGUGAUGCGUCAGUCACGUUUUUCUGUGUUCUUUUUUUGGUUCUGAAUACCCGUUUGAUCUGUUUGGUUGCUGAGAAAUUUGUGAAAAGAGCAGAGAGUGAUUCCGGUUCCGAAUUCUCUAAUUGUCACCCAUUUUCAGAACCCUUCGCCUGGAUGGGCCGUUUGUCGUUAAUUUUGUCUAUGAGGGCAUGAUUUCAUCAUUUUCUUCUCUUUUCCUCUGUUUUCUGGGCGACCAAAUACGGGCUUAGAGGUGGUGAAUUGAACAAGUUUUAAGUUCUUGGUAUCUACCAUUAAACUCCAAAGAUCGUAGAGAAAUUCGAAGAUGAUGCACGCCACAUCGGACUCCGAUACGACAAGCAGAUCACCAUCGCCUCCAAGAUCUCCAAAACGCUCCAUGUAUUUCGUCCAAAGCCCAUCUCGGGACUCCAACGAUGACUACAAAUCAUCAUCAAUUCAGGCGACUCCGUCCUGCAGCAGCCCCACGGACUCGCCCUCUCACCCUUCCUCUAGCCGCCACUCCAGAGCUUCCUCCUCCACCCGCUUCUCAGGUUCGUUAAAGGGAAACCGGAGGAAGAACGGUAAGGGUUGGAGGGAGUGCAAAGUGAUUAUAGAGGAGAGUGAUUAUGAUGAUCUUUACUAUGAAAAGGGCCUUUUGGGGCGGUGCCGGACCUUUCUCGCUCUGGUGGGGUUUGCGCUUCUCUUCACUAUCUUCUGUCUCGGCAUCUGGGGUGCUAGUAAACCUUAUAAGCCUGAGAUUAAAGUCAUGAGCUUUGCUGUACACAAUUUCUACUUGGGGGAAGGAUUGGAUGCAACUGGAGUACCAACCAAAAUGCUGACAGCAAACUGCUCAAUGAAGAUGAGCGUGUACAAUCCUGCUACAUUUUUUGGCAUUCAUGUCAGCUCCACAUCUGUCAAUCUCAUGUAUGCCCAGAUUACAGCUGCAUCUGGUCAGUUCAAGAAAUACUAUCAACCAAGAAAGAGUAAGCGAACUCUGUUAGUGAACUUGAAAGGUGAUAAGGUUCCUCUAUAUGGGGCUGGGGCAAGCUUAGCAAUCGCAGACAGGAAUGGAGGGGUUCCAAUGAAGUUAGUCUUUGAGGUUCAAACUCAAGGAAAUUUGGUGGGAAAGUUAGUGAGAUCAAAGCAUGGAAAGCACAUUGCUUGUUCUGUUGUCAUUGACUCUUCCAACAUAAGAUCCAUGAAAUUUACAGAGAAUUGGUGUACAUAUUAUUGAGGAUUUUGAGGAUUGCGGAUCAGUGAACAAGGCUCCAUGAUGAAACCUCAAGAUGGCCGGUUUAGCCCUACAAUCUGCAUGACAUUUGCAGUAUUGUUUUUCUGACAGUAUUUUGGGGGUUUUUUUUUUUCUUACAAAUGUAUUUAGAAGUUUCCUUCCAUCAUCAUUCAAGUUUGUGUAAGCCCUCAAUAAGGUCCAGAUUUGCAGACUUCACUUGACCUAAUGACCUCACAGGUUAUGUUUCACACUUUCAAGUCAACAAAUACAUGCAGUUAUGUAAUUAAACGGUUUUUAGUUCA